AUGGGGAAGGGCGCAGGUGCGGCUGAGCAGGGUGAGGAGGAAGGAGUAAUGGCGACAGAUUUCUUCUGGUCGUACACGGACGAACCCCAUGCCUCCAGGCGGCGCAAGAUCCUUUCUCAGUACCCGCAGAUCAAGGAGCUCUUCGGCCCCGAUCCCUGGGCCUUCCUCAAGGUAAGACGGUCUUCUUCCUCCGCCAUGUGAUCUGUGCGCUUCGGCUUCCCCAAUUCCCAGAUCUCGCUCGCCUGGUUCGGCAUUCCCUGUUCUUCUGCGUGUUUGGGCUGGAAAUGCCGUGACCCCGAUUGUUGGAUCUCUUCCGUCUUCCUCGCGUCGAGGUUGUCCUUUCUUACCUGGUUCGACAUUCCCUGGUCUUCCUGGCAUUGAGAGUUCUGUGUAAUGACGCGCUAUCGUCCUGUUCUUUCUUCUUCUUCUUAUUCUUCUUCUUCUUCUUCUUCUUCUUCUUCUUCUUCUUCUUCUUCUUCUUCUUCCUUUUCUUCUUCUUCCUUUUCUUCUUCCUCCUCUUCUUCUUCCUUUUCUUCUUCCUUUUCUUCUUCCUCCUCUUCUUCUUCCUCUUCUUCUUCCUUUUCUUCUUCCUCCUCUUCUUCUUCCACUUCUUCUUCCUUUUCUUCUUCCUCCUCUUCUUCUCCUGCCAAUUGUGGAAGAUGCACAUAAAGCUCGACCUGAGGAACCGAGACGGAAUUAAAACGAAGGGAAGAGAGACCGGGGAAAUAAUUGGGUACCCUAACACUUCCUCGAAUGCUUGUCACUCUGAAUUACUCCACUGAUUUUUGAAAAUCUGAGGUAAUGUUCGGAAGGGCUAUACGUAGUUCUUUUUCUUAUAUGAGCGACUGUUUAAUCUACUAGUUCUUAGUGACUUCCUCUUGGUUUCUUCCUCAUCUUUUUUGUCAUCCUUAAAAAAUGCCUUUUUUUUAAUUUCCUGUUGCAUUACACCAUUCCUUGCGAAACUGUGUAGGUCUUCGCUCUAGAUCCGUAGAUCAAUCGCCUUCAGACAUCAACUCUCAACUGUCACAAUCCACAAUCCGCAAUCCUUUUCUUUAUUCGUAGCGCUUCGUGGGGAAAUUACUGUUGGCAGAUUUUAAAAUGGCGCUAAAAUAUCUCCGCCUAGAGAUGCCGAACCAUGCAUAGCCUUCACACUUCCUGAAAGGGUUGGGUUGUUUUUAUUCUCGAUUUCUCCGAUCACGAAACUCAUAUUCAAAGGCAGUUCUUGUCGCCAGAUUUCGAAUUGACCUCUGAAUUGUGUGUACAUAUCUAAGAACACCCAUUGAUUGAUUGAUUGAUUGACCGAAGCUUCGUCUCCAGAGUCGGGAUUUUUAUGAAACUAAACAAGAAAUUCCGUCGCCAGAUUUCGAAUGCUCUCACAGAAUCAAUAUAACCAAUGGACUGGAAGUCUGUUCCCCGAAUCAAAGAGCUCUGAUUUGAAUCAAAAGCUCCUCCUCCUCCUCCAACUCCCUGACGCCCGCAGCUUCUCUCUCUCUCUCUCUCUCUCAGAUAACGGCGGCGGUCUUGCUCCAGCUCUGGACAGCGGCUUUCCUCCACGACGCCGGGUGGCUGAAGAUCUUCUCGGUGGCCUACUUCUUCGGGUCCUUCCUCAACCACAACCUCUUCCUGGCCAUCCACGAGCUGAGCCACAACCUGGCCUUCUCCACCCCCUCCUACAACCGCUGGCUGGGCAUCUUCGCCAACCUCCCCAUCGGCGUCCCCAUGUCCGUCACCUUCCAAAAAUACCAUCUUGAGCACCACCGCUUCCAAGGCGUCGACGGCAUCGACAUGGACAUCCCCACCCGCACCGAGGGCCGCCUAGUAGCCAACCCCAUCGCUAAAUCCAUCUGGGUCCUCUUCCAGCUCUUCUUCUACGCCCUGCGGCCGCUCUUCCUCAAGCCCAAGCCCCCCGGCUGGUGGGAGCUCCUCAACCUGCUGGCCCAGCUCACGCUAGACUUGGCUGCGGUGGUCUUCUUCGGAUGGCGGUCGCUGGGCUACCUCCUGCUGUCGACCUUUGUGGGCGGGGGGAUGCAUCCCAUGGCGGGGCACUUCAUCUCCGAGCACUACGUGUUCAAGCCGGAGCAGGAGACGUACUCCUACUACGGGCCAUUGAAUCUGAUGACGUGGAGCGUGGGGUUCCACAACGAGCACCACGACUUCCCGAGGAUCCCCGGGACCCGCCUCCACAGGGUGAAGGAGAUCGCCCCCGAGUUCUACGAGUCCCUCGAUUCCUACCGGUCAUGGACCCAGGUGAUCUACAUGUACGUCACCGACCGCGCCGUCGGCCCCUUCAGCCGGAUUAAGAGGGCCGCCAAGAAAGAUGAGUAG